UUUCGUUACUGGAGAUUCAUUAGAAUACUUAGUCCAAAGAGGUGGGAAUUACAAAUCUUCAAUUGGACUCGAAACUUUGUCUAUACUCGAAUCAAUGGGAUAUGGAAAAGAUGCUUGUCUUAACCCAACAUUUGGAAUUUUUUUUUGGGU